CUCCUGCCGCGGGUGGGUCGGGGGGAGUCUGGGAGCCCUGACACCUGGGUCCUCCCUCCCACCCCCAUCUCACCCCGUCCUUCUCUCUCCCCCCCUCCCCCCCUCUCCCUCCCCAGCCAUGGACGCAGCCAAGGUGCCCAAGCUGGCGGCGUCAGCCUGGCGCCGGGUGCUGACCGUGGCCUUCGCGCUGCUGGUGCUGGGGGUCCUGGCCUGGGCCUACGUGACGGGCCUGCAGCUGGCGGCCGACCGCUACCACGUCAUGGCCUUCGGGCUCUACGGCGUCCUGUUGGCUGCCCACCUGGUGACGCAGAGCGCCUUCGCCUGUCGUGAGCACCGCCGCAUGCGGGCAGGAGCCGGCGCCGUCUGCUCCUACACCCGCACUGUGGCCCUCACCAUCUCAGCCUACCAGGAGGACCCGGCCUACCUGCGCCAGUGCCUGGAGUCGGUGCGGGCCCUGCACUACCCGCCCGACAAGCUCCGCAUUAUCAUGGUCAUCGACGGCAACAGCCCUGACGACCGCUACAUGCUGGACAUGUUUGCCGAGGUCUUCGCCGGCGAGGAUGUGGGCACUUACGUGUGGGAGGGCAACUAUCACCACCCAGCUGGCACCAAGAUGGCAGAGGGCGGAAGCCUCAGCGCUGGGGAGACGCUGUCGGCCUACACCACGACAGCGGGCGGGGAAGGCUUGAAUACUAUGGAGACCAAGAUGGCGGAGGGCAGAGGCCCUGUCGGCAUGGAGGCACCAUUGACCUACACCAGUAUGGUGGAAGGUGAAGGGCCCGUUGCUACGGAGACGCCGCGGGGCUACACCAAGAUGGUAGAAGGCAGAGACCGCAUCACCAUGGAGACACCGUUCACCUACAGCAGCGAGGUGGAAGAUGAAAGGCCUGUUACUACGGAGAUGGCAACAGGCUCCACCAAGAUGAUGGAUGGAGUAGGUCGCAUUGCCAUGGAGAUGGCCUACACCGAGACAGGCCCAGGGACGCCCUCAGCCUACACCAAGGUGGAGAUGCGUGCAGGCCCCGUCGCCAUGGAAAGGCCCUCAGCUUGCACCAAGAUGGCGGCAGGCGGGGGCCCCGUCACCGUGGAGAUGCCCUCAGCUGACGCGGAGGAGCUGGGUGGGGGACCGCCGGCAGCCUAUGCGGAGGUGGAGAUGGAGGACCCGGGACGGCUGGUGGUGGAGGAGCUGGUGCGCACCCAGCGCUGCGUCUGCAUCAUGCAGCGCUGGGGGGGGAAGCGCGAGGUCAUGUACACGGCCUUCCGGGCGCUGGGCGAUGCCGUGGACUACGUCCAGGUUUGCGACUCGGACACCAAGCUGGACCCAGCGGCCACAGUGGAGCUGGUGAAGGUGCUGGAGUCCAACGAACGUUAUGGGGCAGUUGGAGGCGACGUGCGGAUCCUCAACGCCAGUGACUCCUUCAUCAGCUUCAUGAGCAGCCUGAGAUACUGGAUGGCCUUCAACAUCGAGCGGGCCUGCCAGUCCUACUUCGACUGCGUCUCCUGCAUCAGCGGGCCCCUCGGCCUGUACCGCAACAACCUGCUGCAGCAGUUCCUGGAGUCAUGGUACAACCAGAAGUUCCUGGGCACCCACUGUACCUUUGGGGAUGACCGGCACCUCACCAACCGCAUGCUCAGCAUCGGCUACGCUACCAAGUACACAGCCCGUUCCCGCUGCUACUCAGAGACACCAGCUGGGUUUCUGCGGUGGCUGACGCAGCAGACGCGCUGGACCAAGUCCUACUUCCGGGAGUGGCUGUACAACGCGCUGUGGUGGCACCGGCACCACCCCUGGAUGGCCUACGAGGCAGUGGUGGCAGGCGCCUUCCCCUUCUUCGUCACAGCCACGGUACUGCGGCUCUUCUACGGCGGGAGCCUCUGGGACGUGCUGUGGGUGCUGCUGUGCGUGCAGCUGGUAGCCGUGCUCAAGGCACUGUACGCUGCCAGCCUGCGCGGCCACCCUGUCAUGCUGCUCAUGUCUGUCUACGCCGUGCUGUACAUGGGUGGCCUACUACCAGCCAAGUAUUUGGCCAUGGCCACCAUGAACCAAAGUGCCUGGGGCACGUCCGGGCGGCGCCGCAUGGUGGGAAACUACCUCCCGUUGCUGCCUCUUGGCAUCUGGGGCCUGCUGCUGCUGGGGGGGCUGCUUUACACAGCCGCUGCCGAGGCCCGGUCUGACUGGAGUGGUGAGGCCAAGCAGGCUGAGAAAGCCUACCUAGUAGUAGGGGCUGGGGUCUACAUUGCCUACUGGGCCCUCAUGGCCGGACUCUACUGGGUGUGGGUGCGGCGGGCCUGCCGCAAGCGUGCGGGAGGGUACCGGCUGCAGGCCUGACCCGCCCAGAAGCCUGGGUUCCACCCCCCUCCCCUGGGGGUGGGUGGCUAAAUGCCUGGGUUCCCCCACCCUGGGGAUAGAGGGCCAGAUGCCUGGGUUCUUCUUCCCGUCCUAGAGGGAAGCCUGGACUCCUGGAUUCCAGGUCCCAGCUUUGGUCUGGUGGGGUCGGCUGGUAGGGCCGAGAGCCCGGACGCCUGGGUUCCAGUUCUGGUGGGGUGGGGUUGGCUGGAAGCCUGGGCACCUGGGUUCAUCUUCCCGCUCUUGUUCAGCCAAGGCAAGCCGGGAUGCUUGGGUUUUCCCCCAGUUCUAGGAAGGGGAGUGAAAGCAGGGGGGUAGAUGGGCAGAGCUGAGAGCCCGGACGCCUGGGUUCCACUUUCCCUCUGUGUUUGGCAGAGGGGAAGCCAGCACCUGGGUUCUCUCCCAGCUCUGACAGAUGAUGGGAGCCCAGGCAUGGCAAGGACUGGGCACCAGGACUCUUGGGUUAUCUGGAUCCAAAGGAGGCAGGACCCCCUCCGGCUCUGAGAGGACUCUAGGGUCCUCUCCCUGGCUCUGGGAAGGGUGUGGAGCUGGCUGGGGGACAGGGCCAGGAGCCAGGACGCCUGGGUUCUCUGGGCCAGGCCAGCCUUCCGUCAGCUGCCCAGAAACAGUCUCAGCCCUGUGACUUCAUCGUCGGCCCAUCCACGUCUGGCCACCCCCGCACCAUGGCUGGGGCAGGAAAGGCUGCAGCUGGCUCUGGGGUGGAGGACAGGGAACAGGGACCGGGGAGGUGACUGGUUCUUGGGUGGGCAGGUAGGGACCAGAUGUAAUAGGGACCAGGAGAGGCAGCUGGCUCUGGGGUGGGGGAUUGGGGCUGGGUAGAACAGGGCCCCUGAGAUGUGUCUGGCUCUGGGGUGGAGCAGGUGGAACAGGGCUCCCCAAGAGGCGGCUGGCUCUGGGGUGAGGUGUCAGGGUGGUACAACAGGGCCCCUGAGGAGCAGCUGGCUCUGGGGUGGAGCAUCAGGGCGGGGUAUAACAGGGCCCCCCAGAUGCGGCUGGCUCUGGGGUGGGGUGUCAAGAACUAAGCAUAACAAGUUGCUGAUAUGCAGCUGGCUCGGGGGUGGAGCAGAUGGAACAGUGACCUUGAGAUGCAGCUGACUCUGGGGUGGGGCCUGGGGGCUGGGUAGAACAGGGACUCCUUCCCUGCCUUUAAGAUGCAGCUUAUUCUAGGGUGAGGUAUCAAGGUUGGAUAUAACGGGGCCCCUGAGAUGCAGCUGGCUCUGGGGUGGAGUAGAUUGAACAGUGAACCCCCUCUCCCCCGAGGUGGCUGGUUCUGGGGUGAGGCAUCAGGGUGGUAUAACAGGGUCCCUGAGAUGUAGCUGACUCUAGGACCCCAACAUGCAGCUGGCUCUGAGGCGGAGCAUUGGGGCUGGGUACAACAGGGUCGCUGAAAUGCAGCUAGCUCUGGGGUGAAACAUAUGGAACAGGGACCCCAACAUGAAGCUGGCUCUGGGGUGGCUCUUAGGACUGGAUAUAAUGGGGGUGUUAUAACAUGGGUGGAGCCCAGCAAGCAGCUCUUUCCCACCCCCCACAAUGAUGUGACUGCUUCUGGGGAUGUGAUCUCUGGCUAGUGACCCCUGGUAACACCCAGUUCCUCCAUCCAGGGCCACGUCCCCUGCCCCCACCAUCAGGAACCCUAGGACUCUCACAUUUAAUUUAUUUCUCUGUAAUAUUAACAAGCUAUUUAAUAAGGGGGGUAUUUUAUAAAGAGCAAAUAAAGGUUAUUUUUUGCAA